AUGAUUUCGUUUCGCGGGCGGAAACGGGCGCGCCCACGCACAGGUCAGAGCAGUGACCCCGCAGCUCACCUCGGCGCGGGCGCACGCGGCACGUCUACUACUCGCGGACCUCAUUGUUCCACCUUCCAAGAGAUCUCGGGCGCAGGUAACUGGAAGCCACUCCGCAUUAACAGUUACAACUUUAAUUCCCUAUUGAUAUCGAUCCGCGACAACAGCGCACCUGUGCCGCGCCGUGGCGGCGCCGACGCCGACGCACUUUCAAAAAAGGCUUACGUGGUACUG